AUGGUGUCGCUAAAGCUACAGAAGAGGCUGGCGGCCAGCGUUAUGAAGUGCGGGAAGGGCAAGGUCUGGCUCGACCCCAAUGAAGUCGUCGAAAUUUACAAGGCCAAUUCCCGACAAAACAUUAGGAAGUUAGUCAAGGAUGGCUUUAUCAUCAGGAAGCCAACUAAGAUUCAUUCUCGGUCCCGUGCUCGCAGAAUGAAGGAGGCCAAGAGAAAGGGUCGUCACUCAGGAUACGGUAAACGUAAGGGUACCAGGGAGGCUAGGUUGCCCACAAAAGUUCUGUGGAUGAGGAGGAUGAGAGUUCUUAGGCGCUUGCUUCGCAAGUAUAGAGAGUCGAAGAAAAUUGAUAAGCACAUGUAUCAUGACAUGUACAUGAAGGGAAAGAAAGAAUGCAAGGAGGGAGGAACGUCUAGCUCAGGGACCGGUCUAGAGAGCUGCGGCCCCUACACCUGCAACCCAGUCAGCUCAGGGAACCAAGAAGGCUAA